CUUUUUGCCUUUUCAUUUGUUUUCACAGAAAAGGAAACUUGACAGAAUCAUGCUGUCCUUAAAAAAUACAAGUAAGUUCUUUGCACAGGAAAUUGGUUUAAUGUAACUUUCAAUGGGAACCUUUGCGAUAUUAACUUUAAGUGCUUUGGAGUAAGUUUAAUUUCCAGGCAGUUUAAUAUAUUCUUCUAAGCGUGUAACUUGUAGUGUGUGUGCCCUGCUUUCAACCAGCGUAUAGAGGGAAACGCACCUGAUUUUGACUGAUUAGUUUUUUUAACCUUUCAGCAUCACGGAGGAGGUAGACUGAUAUUAACAGUAAUUAAUAAUGUGCCUCAUGAAAUAAAGAUCCGAAAGGAAUUUAAAUAAAAAUUUCCUGCAUCUCAUGCCAAGAGAGAAACACCAGAAUCAAGUGUUCCGCGUGAUUGAAGACACCCCCUCAUCCAGGAAUGCAAAGCACAUCCAAUGAAAUAGCUGGAUUAUAACUCUUCACCCCUCUUGCGGGGCCGUGGGGCAGGCAGCGGGGGGCGAGAGGUGCUGUGGGGACCCGGCUGCCCUUCCGCUGCGGAAGGAUGGCGCACGCGGGGGGAACAAGCUACGAUAACCGGGAGAUCGUGAUGAAGUACAUCCACUAUAAGCUGUCGCAGCGGGGCUACGAGUGGGAUGCGGGAGAUGCGGGCGCCGCGCCCCCCGGGGCCGGCCCCGCUCUGGGCAUCCUGUCCUCCCAGCCGGGCCGUGCGCCCGCGCCCUCCAGGACCUCCCCGCAGCCGCCCCCGGCCGCCGCCGCCGGGCCUGCGCCCAGCCCGGUGCCACCUGUGGUCCACCUGACCCUGCGCCAGGCCGGCGAUGACUUCUCUCGGCGCUACCGCCGCGACUUCGCCGAGAUGUCCAGCCAGCUGCACCUGACGCCCUUCACCGCGAGGGGACGCUUCGCCACGGUGGUGGAGGAGCUCUUCAGGGACGGGGUGAACUGGGGGCGCAUCGUGGCCUUCUUUGAGUUCGGAGGGGUCAUGUGCGUGGAGAGCGUCAACCGGGAGAUGUCGCCCCUGGUGGACAGCAUCGCGCUGUGGAUGACCGAGUACCUGAACCGGCACCUGCACACUUGGAUCCAGGACAACGGAGGCUGGAGAGCUCUCCCUGCCAACCCUACUGUGAUCACUUCUUCCCUGGAGACAUUGCUUCCCUUGCCUGCCAGCCACUGAGGUUCAAAGAUCCAGCCUUUGCUGGAUCAGUAGAAUCUGGGGAUAAAGGGCAUCCCUUCAAGGUUUCCCAUACUGGGAGUCCAGGGAUCCCCAUGAUCACGGUACCUGGCCGAGUAGCUUAUUGAAAAGGAGCAUUUCAGGGACAACUCAUAAACUGGACACCAGGCUGAGUCCUGGCUAUCUGCAUCAGAAAUAACCUCCCCUGGGGGUUUCUGCUUUGUCCUAAAAUUUGGGAACCACUGGAUUAGAAGAACAGACUCCUCUAGAGGCCCUUCUCUGACUCACUUGGUAAAAUCUACCCAAAGAGGAAAACCAGCGUAGCCCCUUUCCCGAGAAAACUUGGAUGACUGUGGAAAGGUAAGUUGACUUCCAGAGUCCGGUGACCCUGACCUCCAAUUAGUGCCACGUUCCUAGUGGGCAGUGACCUUGUGUCUUGAAGAACCCUUGGCUAUGGGUGUUUGUUUCAUCACUGACAGAUUUCGCAUUGGCCACCUACCUUGUGUUCUAUUUCCAUAACUUGUGUAUGAUUUAGAAGUUUACUGGAAUUAUUAGUAUAUUUUAUUUUACACCCUAACCUCCUAACCUACAAUGCACAUCGUUUGGUGGGAUCCUCUGCUGGGCAAACUUGCAUCCCGAGUAUCUGUAUAAAGAUAGAAGAAUUGAUUCUUAGCUGUGGAUUCUCAUGCUGUGACUUUAGUUGAAGUGAUUGAUGCUUGUAUUUUUGAAGAACAUCUGUGAGCUUUUUUUUCCUGGUACUGUUGUGCUAGGCAGAGCCUCCGUCAUGUCACCAUGAAGCUCUUUUCGUGAGUGUGAUUCUCUGGGGGAGGGGUGCAGCUCAGAAGACUGAAGAAGUGUCAUUGACAUCUGUACUUCAUAUCUGAAAUGAUUAAUUUGUGAAAAAGUGAAAGGAAUAACCGGUUCAAGUUUUUUGCAGACUUUUUGUUUUAAUCUGAAGAGCUGUCUUUGAAAAAGGAUGCCAUUCAGUGCCUCCUUUUACAGUCUCUAGGAAGAUUACUAAUAUUAUUAUUUUAUAGGACCUAACAGGAAUAAAAACCUUAGAAGUCACUGCAUGUGGGUUUGAUUUCAAGAAGCACGUUAUCUAUUUUAUACGGUUACAAAGUGUGCUAGUAUUAGGGGGCUGAAAAGAGAAAAGUCCAAGAAAAGUAGAUGACUGACGUGAACAUCUGAUCCAACUUGACCAAAGUUGACGAAAUAUUGAUACCACUGUUCAGUGUUUAAAAGUAAAAACCCCACUUAAUCUCUAAAAUUUAUUAAUAAAUGCUUUUUGUGAACUGUUUGUUUCUUUUAGAUCCCAUUUUACCAGAUCUUUAGUAAUUCUGGAAGAGUUCUGUAGAAGGUGUAAGGAAUAUUUUUGUUAAAUGUUUGAUUAAGUAGGUGAUUUUGUUUUUAACCACUAUAACCAAAGAGGUAGGGACUUCCAGACGCCAAAAGGAUCAUUUUGAGACCAAAGUAAAACUAACUGAACAGUCUGACUAUUACAUACUUUUGUGAAAAAAUAUUGAAAAUUUUUUCUUUCUGGUUGAAAGAAAGCCAAGGUUGUAACUGUCAUGUGUCAAGUAAUUCAAUGAAAAGAUGGGAAAUGGAGACAUUUGUUUAUGAUAGAAAUUAAGAUGUAAUCUUGAUCUUUGUUGUCAAGUUGUGGUAUAUUAACAUCUCAUACAAUUGAAUUUUCUUUUUAAGUGAAGUCUCGCUCUUUCCUCCUUUCAAAAUAGAAUUUUCUUAGUAGAGCCUAUCUUUGUGGUCAACAGGUAUCUGAGGUUGAUAAAUGUAGAGGCUACAUUUUAUGAUGCCAAACCACAAUGACGUACCAUAGAACAUGAUAAACUUCUUCUUGACAAAACCUCUUAUAGUAAAAAUAAAUCAUAUAGAAGCACAAAUUGCUGAUGGUGAAAUGUGUAGCAUUCAGGACAACAUAGAGAUGGAUAACUAAAUAGGAAAACAAAGGACUUUGGCAGAAAAAAAGUGUGAGGAAAUGCUAUCAUAAAUGGGUACUUUGGAAUAAUAAAAGAGGUAGUAUUAUUUGAGAAGUAUAUUUGGGAGGCUGAUUUACAUGUCCUUUCCAAAGAUGCAUUACGAAUCUAAAUUUUUAUUUUGAGCAUUUGGCAUCCAGACAGAUUUUCCUCCCAAUUUGCACCAAUCAGGGUUGCUUCUGUCAUAACACGUGUUGUGGUACGGCGUGAAGGACUCGGUGCGGAUGGGCACGUUUUGGAGGAGGGCUGGCAUGCUCUUCCAAUGUUGGACAGUGACGGGCACUGCUUCCAGGGCUCAGUGGAUCAGCCCAUCUGCUGAAUCUGUUCUGAUGGGGGCUUUAGACUCGAAGUCACAUUUGUUCUUUGCUGCUGCUGCUUCUGAGGCUGAGGGAGAACGGUUUGCACUCCAUGCUCCAUAAGCUGGAGAAAGCAGGGCCUUGGAUGCUAAGUACCUCAGAGGUGGUCUCAGAAGUCUGCACGUUACACAAACACUGAAGAAGAAAUUGGCCGUGGAGUGGGCUGUGGCUUUAUCCCUGAGUCUGAAUAAAGCAUCCAGAGGGAGGCAGGAUGGCAGAGCAGCGAGAUGGCAGUGGUUCUAGGGAGCACCUGAGAACCGCCGCUCCACGUGUGGGAGCUCUCAGGCACCCCCUGGGAGCGUCUUGGGGGAGCAGAGCCUCAGGUCCCACCCAGAGCCUCUGAGUCAGAGCCUGUGGUUCGCACAUCUACAGGUGUUGGGGUGCACAGGGGAGUCAGAGGUGCCGGCUACCAUCACCGACCACUGAUUCCUGUGACAUCUUUUAGGAAAAAUGAGAGUCCCGGAGGGGUCCUGCAGCGUCCCCUUCCAGUGGCCUCCUGGGAUCCAUGGUGUUACCUAGGAUGCCGAGUAUUUCCCAGGUAUCUGCUAGAGUGGUCUGAGCUUUGGAGGAGAGAGGCUGGAAUGCUGCAGAGAUGAGCGAAAUGAUCACAAGCUCUGACCUCAAGGAUGUUUUUCGUGGUAACUAUACAGUCUGUGGGCCUUCCUCGGUGGCUCAGCGGUAAAGAAUCUGCCUGCAAUGCAGGAGACAAGGGUUCCAUCCCUGAGCCAGGAAGAUCCCCUGGAGGAGGGCACAGCGACCCACUCUAGUCCUGGCAGGCUACAGUCCAUAGGGUCGAAAAGAGUCGGACACGACUGAAGCAGGUGAGCGCAGUACAACAUGUCCUGGCACUGGUGGCCCUGUUAAAGGAAGAUAGCUUUCCCACUCCCAGUAAGGACAGGAACCUUAACUCUUCAUGGCUGUAUUCAGUAUUGUUUUAUCCCCUUGUAACUCAGUUCAAAUUUCUGUAGAUGAGUUUAGGGGCCCUGGGACCACUUCAUGGCCACGGUGGCUUUUGCAAGCAGAGGGUUGAGAUGUAGGCAAGUGGAUGAUGAACGGUGCGCUCUGAACUGAGAAACGUGAGAACAUUUUGCUUCCUGUCUUAGGAGAGAGGGAGCUGUCUGACAACUGCAAGGAUAAGACGCUUUAAUAGGCGAUUGGCUUCCUUCUGUUGAGAUGGUGGGGCAGCUUUUUUUGUGUGCUCAUGUUUUGGUCUCUGUGGUUUAGGAAGACAGGAACUUACUUCUCCACAUCCAGUAGAGGUUAGCUUCCUUUUUAUUAGUUGGUCAGCAAGCAGUUUCUCUUUUCUGUACAUAGUCCACAUCCACUCAAACACUUGAUUAACUGGAAAGCAAGACCGUUCUCAGGCCAGUGAACAAAAUACAUGAGAAAACAUCGUUUUUCUAGUGGUUGAAUGUUAGCUGCUUAAGGCCAAUUUUGGCAGCAAAAUGAUAGGAUUAAAAAUAGCCUGAAGAUGAUCCAGUCUUAAAUAAUAUAUUUAAUGAUGAACUUUCCUUGGGAAAGUGCAUCUUUCUGCCUGCGAAGAAUCAUAUGACCCCUUUCAAUAAUAUAUUCUGUAGAGAAAAGAUACAGUAUGGCUCCUAGACUUGCAGUCAUGUGCUGUUGAGCAAUCACAUUUGGGGACUUUUGUAAAAUUUGACAGUUCACUCAGUUCUCUUUUCUGUUUUAGGGCCUUUGUUGCUGUUUAAUGUCAGUCGAAAACAUGGCUUUCUUCUGUGCAUCCUGUUACUUUUAGCUGUGCUUUCUAGUGAGAACGGAUUGAUCUUUUUAGCAAUCCUUGGUUGAACUAGUACAUUUCAGACUCGCUAAAUGUCAUUAGGCCACAUAGAACACCAGGUAACAGAAAGCCACAGAUUUUUUUUUUUUAAGCCAAACUCUUAUAGUUUAUCUUUCCUCCCAGUCCUUGUCAGCUUUUGGAGGCUGAUAAACCCACUCAUAAAGCAGGUGUGUGGGUACUGUGUGUAUUAACAGCAGUCUCUCCCACUCAGCACACCCCCACACCCAUUUCUGAGGUCAUCCAUCGUGUCUUUGCAGGAGCAGUAUUUCAGUGGUAUUGCAGCGUUUGUGCUAGAAAAACAGCACUGUCUUUGUAGUGUGCGAGUGAAAAGGUUUCUUCUGCCCCCAGAGAUAUAUUGUGUUUGAGGUUCAAAGGUUCUGUUAAACCUUUUUAAAGUAAUCUAAUAGCGCCUGACUCAGGUAUGGCGGUAACCUCGCACGCUGGUCCCCCUUCCCCCAGCUUCAUACAGGGGACCACUCGGAGAAGUGAGUCCAGCACGGGGCUCUUCUUUCAUCCCUCUUGGUUUGAUUCAAACCAAGUCAGUGAGUGAGGUUGAAACAGGAUUAAGGAUGAAAGUUAGCCGAGGACUGGGACGGUUAUUCAGCAGAGCUGAUCGCGCGUCUUCUCUGUGCCCCGUCCUGGGUCAGGUCGGGGUUCCCGGGAGGAAGGCAUUUUCCCUGCCCUGGAUGCUGUCACAGGCCGGGGCUAGAGAUGUCGUGAAUUCUGUUGCCCCCCAGCCCAACGAGAUGAUUCUAAACUCUCAGAUUUAGAGGGGGAGAAAAAGCUAAGUGUGUGUUAUUUUGCAUACACUUCAGUAUUUGUCUGAAAAAGUUAUUUCUAACCAUAUGCCUAUUCAUGUGUGCAUUAGGCCUGAUUUAACUAGGAGAGGAAUAUAGAUAAUUAAAAAAAAAUAUUGUGUUACAUGGACGUGUGCUUAAGAGAACUGAAAGGCAAGGGGAGUUCCCUUGUUAAAUAUUUACCCAUUUGGUGCUGUUUAUACAUAUUAUGAGGACUUAAUAAACACUAGUCUGCAGUUUUUAAAGUAUUUCAUUAAUUCUUUUUCAGUAAGAGACAAUCAAGGUCUGAUGAAGAUGGUUAGAAUAGAUUAAUUUGAAGAACUAUCUUUCUUAAAUCGUUUUGGUAUGCAGAAAAGUCAGAGUCGACUUGAACCAAAACAGGGGAGAGAUGAAAAUAAAAGCUUUUGUUUUGGUUUGGUUUUAGGUUCUAGUCCUAUUUCUGUUUGUUAAGAGGCUUCUCUUCCAAAACUUGCAUACAGAAGUUCCUAGUCCACGGUGACGUUUGUGCUCCUGAAGAGCAGGUGUUUGCCAUCUAACGUCUUUUAUUCGUGGUCCUUCUUCUGUAAUGAAGGUUGUAAAACUUUCGAAAUCACGACAAAGCCAUUUUCGUUUCUAAAAGUAUUUUUGUAGAUUGCUGCUUGUUCUGAUCUGCUCGAUUCUGUAGUGCCAACAUGACUUCUCUGCCCUUCAUUUGCCAGACCAAAGAUAAGCCCAGCUGUGCUUCACUGAGCACGGUGAUGGGCGUCUGUUGCCCUCUCUAGAGCCACGUGGGCUUUCUCAUCGGGACCUGCCCCCCGCCCCCCGCACCAGCCUCCAUCGCUGACCCCUACUUGCCCAUCAUCCCAGGGCAGGGGGACCUGCGGGGUGGACUCCUCGUGAGCCUCUAGCACGUGAAGGGUGGGCUCACCUGCAGGAGAGAGCACUUGUCUGGACUGCAAGGGAGCAGGGCAGGAAAGGGGUCUGUCUAAGCUGGAGUACCUGGACCCCAUCUGCAUUCUCGCCACAAGCAGCCAGGCAAGGAAAAAUUCUGUGAUCAGAUAUGCUGGCUUUCCCUCCAGAGACCAUAAAUUCCAACCCUGUGCAGGAAAAAGAUAGGAUCUGCUGGAGGAGUAUACUGGCUCCGAUCUCUGCAGUGGGAGAGUCGAGUGGGCCUGAUGGUCUAGCCUGAGAUGAAGUUUCACUAACUCAACGCAGCUAAAAUAACUUAUACUGAAGACUACUUCCCCAAACGCCUUAAGAGGCUGUUAAGCACGUUAGAAAGGGAAUCUCCCUGCCAUGCUGGCGUGGCCGUUGGUAGCAGCUACAAAUGCACUAAGGGCUACUUGGCUGGUUUUCUCAGGCGAUGGACCAGGUUCCAUGAGAAAGAUCUCUGAUGUUUCCAUUCUGCUCCUUGUUUUGCCUUCAGAAUUUCAGAGAUGGAGCCACAUUCCAUUUUCGGUUAAUAAUCAGGUCGUCUGUGCUCUGGAGCUUCAGCAUAACGAGUCAGCUUAUGACCGACCCCCUCGCCUCUCUAUUCCUCUGUCCUAAAACCAACCCAAGGAUCUGUGGUAUCAAGUGAAGCUUAAAUUUCUCCUAAAACCAUCCCAAGGAUUCAUGGUAUCAAGUGAAGCUUAAAUUUCUCCUAAAACCAAUCCAAGGCUCCGUGGUAUCAAGUGAAGCUUAAAUUUCUCCUAAAACCAAGCCAAAGAUCCACUGUAUGAAAUGAAGCCUAAAUUUUCCAAGGGAGAUUUUACCAUUGAGAACAAUGCAUCUUUCUUGUGAUAGUCCCAAUUACUGUGUUUCUGAAUUUUUAAGCAGUCUUUUCUUAAGCUGCAAAAGAAGAUGGAGAGUUUAUGACUUCUGGUGCUUGGAGUACCAGACCAGGCAUUGACGUUGUAGGUUGUCUUUUCUUGACUUUUUCCAGCUCUUCUUCACCAAUACUCAGAUUUCUUCUGCUUUGAGCACAGUGAAUGCCAUCCCUAUGUGUUACCUUUGAAAUAGAAUUUUCGAAGAGUAUAUGGGAUAAGUACUUAGUCCCCUCAGGUCAGUGCCUCCUUACAAUUAGCAUAGGAAUAAAAUUAAUUACAUCAUUAUAUCAUCAUACUUAGAUAUUGAUAUUUUAUCUCUUGAGGGAAAAAGUUCUAGAAAGGAUGUUCGUUGACAUCUCUGAGUCUAAAUUUCAGGACUAUAUCCUCCCAUUUUCUUUACGAAUUCCUGCCAGGAUUGUCUUUCUUGACCUCUGUCUUUUUAACACUGAAAAUUUUUACAGGCGGUUUGAAGCUAUUUUCUAAAAAAAUUGUAAAUAUAAUAGUGCAGAGUCACUUACUAAAUAUUUAAGUGACAACAUAAGAAGAAAAAUGAUGUGAAGAAGUCUUAAUCAAGGAAAAGGAGCAAUUGUUUGCAAAUUGUAACCAUGAGGCGUUCCUGGCAACGGGCUGUGAUGGGAACGAAAGGGUUUUAAAGAUCCUGCUAUUGUGUAGGGUACGGACACUGCCUAUUUCCACUGAAAACAUUUUAUUGAGGGCUUACUAUGUGCACAACUGUAUGCCGGGUGUUUCACUUGAGUGAAAAAUGUGGAAGAUAACCUUUGCAUCUAAGGAACUCGCUAACCAGUAGUGAGACUAAGGUAAGUGCUGGGUAAAUUGCUGUAAUCCUUGACACACUUCGGUGGACGGCGAUCUGGUCCAGCCAGAAGGGGAUCUGGCUGCGUUUCAUGCAGGAGGUGAUGGGUAGGAGAUACAGCGGAGGGCAGGCCAGGUAGCUGCGCUGGAGGAGGCAGGACAGGUGGGAAUGCUUGCGGCGUCACUGGGGAGUUGAGAAGAGUCUGACCUGCCUGGGGCGUAGAGAGCCCUGGUGAGGUAAGACUGGUCCUAAGUGGACAGUUUGUGUUUAACUUGGUAGAUGUUAAAAGGAUUAUUGAGAGGGUUCUGAGUCAAGGCGGGAUGU